AUGCUGAAGUUCGGCCUCAUCUUCGUGCUGCUCGUCGGCACCUACCCGUCCGAUGCCACGGCCCUGGCUGCUCGGAGUCUGGAUCGUCGACUCGCGGAAGGCGAAGACUGCGAAUAUAGGGCUCUCAUCUGCUACACAUACGAAUGGCUGGCCGCCAAGGGGUUGCCGCACAAUCGCCCAUCCGGUUUUGAGAAGAAGGUUUCUUAUUGCAGCUUUGCCCUGAUUCGUUCAAUUUUGGUCAUUAUUCGGCUGGUUAUUGGG